CACACUCAUGGAUUAUUCCCAGUUGUUAGUGCUGUGGACCUGCAGCCUCCUGCCAGGUCUCCAGCUCUGUUUCAACUUUGACACAAAGAACUUUAAGAUCUUUUCUGGUUCUAAAGACGCAGGGUUUGGAUACACAGUUCAGCAGCACGAGGCAGGAGGACGUCGAUGGUUGUUGGUUGGAGCACCCUUUGAAUCCACAGGAACGCAGCAGACUGGUGACAUCUAUAAGUGUCCGCUGGAUAUCACAAACUCUGUGAACUGCAGCCGACUCAACCUGGGAAAACUUUCACUGGACAACGUAUCUGAAAGGAAAGACAAGAUGAGGCUAGGAAUGACGCUCACCUCCAACCCUAAAGACAGCAGCUUUGUGACCUGUGGGCCUCUCUGGUCUCAUGAAUGUGGAAGUUCUCUAUACAGCACAGGAAUCUGUGCCAGAGCCAGUUGGAACUUUAAAGCCACACACAUCAUCACCCCCGCCCUGCAAAGGUGUGAGACAUUCAUGGACAUUGUGAUUGUUCUGGAUGGUUCUAACUCCAUUUACCCCUGGUAUGAGGUCCAGGACUUUAUCACCAACAUCUUGCACAAGUUCUACAUCCGUCCAGGUCAGACACAGGUGGGAGUUGUUCAAUAUGGUUCUUCGGUGGUCCAUGAGUUUGGUUUGGGUGAAUACCAGACAGUGGAGGAUGUGGUGGACGCUGCCAGGAACAUCGACCAGCGGGGAGGAGAGGAAACGAGAACAGCACUGGCGAUCAGUGUGGCACGGUCGGAGGCAUUCCAGCGAGGUGGCAGACCAGGAGCUAAGAAAGUAAUGAUUGUAAUCACAGAUGGUGAAUCUCAUGAUAGUCCUGAUCUAGUGAAGGCCGUCAACGACAGCAAGCAAGACAACAUCACCAUGUACGCCAUUGCUGUCCUGGGUUAUUACAACCGACGGGGAAUAAACUCUGAAACGUUUAUAAAGGAAAUCAAGUUUAUCGCCAGUGACCCUGAUGACGAACAUUUCUUCAAAGUGACCGAUGAGUCUGCGCUCAAGGACAUUGUGGAUGCGCUGGGAGAAAGGAUAUUCUCUCUGGAAGGAACCAGCAGUCAGGGUCGAGGGUUCGGGUUGCAGAUGGCUCAAGCUGGUUUCUCUUCACAUCUAGUAAAAGAUGGCGUUCUGCUGGGAGCGGUGGGUGCUUAUGACUGGAACGGUGCAGUGUUGAAAGAAACCAAACAUGGGAAAGUGGUUCCACCAAAGUCUUCCUACCAGGAUGAGUUUCCAGAGUCGCUGAAGAACCACGCAGCCUAUCUAGGUUACUCAGUGGGAUCCCUCAUUUCUUCCAGCGGCUCGCAGCUGUACGUGGCUGGAGCUCCGAGGUUCAACCACACCGGAAAAGUUGUCAUCUUCACGCUGAAGAACACUGGAAACCUAACCAUGCUGCACGCCCUGCUGGGAGAACAGAUCGGAUCAUAUUUCGGCAGUGAAUUGCUAUCAAUGGACAUGGACAGUGAUGGACUCACUGACUUGCUGGUGAUUGCAGCACCGAUGUACUACAGUCAAGGCUGGGAGAGAGGAAGGGUUUACAUAUAUGCUGUUACACCUCAGAUAUCGUUCACUCUACAGGGGGUGCUAGAGGUGUCAGACCGCUCUCAAAACUGCCGUUUGGGUUCAGCGUUGGCCCAGAUAGCUGACAUGAAUGGAGAUGGCUUCAGAGAGCUUGUGGUGGGAGCACCGCUGGAAGAUGACCACCAGGGGGCAGUUUAUGUAUUUUAUAGCCAGCACAAAAUGAUCCAGCUGCACUACAAACAGCGUUUGUCUGCAGCUAGUUUUUCAAAUGGACUGAAGUAUUUUGGUCAAAGUCUUCAUGGGGUUCUUGACAUGAAUGGAGACGGGCUUGUAGACCUGGCAGUGGGAGCUCUGGGAGCUGCCGUCAUUAUCUGGUCUCGUGGUGUAGUACGGAUUCAGACAAAACUGAGUUUCGAACCUGAGAAGGUCAACAUCUUCAACAAGAACUGCCAGCGAGGAGGGAAGGAGGUCACCUGCAUGUCCGUUACCGUGUGUCUGAGUCUCGACCGCUGGAUUAAGACCAAGACCAGAACAAAUGUGGCUGCUUGGUACACUCUAACAUUUGAUGAGAAGCGGUUUCCUCCACGGACGGUCCUGGAUGAAUCAGACCGACAGCAGCCCCGGAGGGUUCUUCUGCAGGCUGGAAGUCAGAAAUGUCAACACCAUGGCUUCUCUGUCCUGGACACAGCAGAUUACAGACGCCCCAUUGUGGUUGCUCUGGAAACAGGACUGCAGAACCAGGACAAGGGGCCAGUGAUGGACCCAGACUGGCCGAGUACAUGGAGAGCUGAGCUUCCUUUCUGGAAUGGUUGUGAGCGGGAGGAUACCUGCACUCCUGACCUUGUCCUUCACAGUCACACUGACCUCAGGACUCUUCAGCAGUACUGCAGUUCAGGGAAACAGGCUACGUCCUCAAUCUGCAGCUACCACAAGGAACACAAUGAUCAGGUGUUUGUGGUUGAGUCUGAUCAAAGGAAAGUGGUGGUCUUCGCCCAACUGGAGAACCGGGGAGAGAAUGCAUACGGAGCAGCCAUCAACAUAUCCACCUCCUCCAAUCUUCUCUUCUCCAGCCUUUUAGUCAAGGACCAAUCAGAUAUCCAGAUUGAGUGCUUUACGAAGAACAGCUCGGCCAGCCAGACUACCUGUACCGUCACCGCUCCUUUCAUGAAAUCGCUGUCCCAGGUAUCUUUCUUUGUGGAGUUUGAGUUCAGCAACUCCAUCUUUCUGGAUCAUGCACGGGUUGUCAUGGAAACUACCAGCGAAGGAGAGGAGGGAUACCCAGAUGACAACGUCAACAAAAUCUUCCUACCUUUGAGAUACCAAACUGACCUCCUCUUCACCAGAGACAAUGACCCUCUUCGUUUUGAAAUCAGAGCAUCCCCGUCCACUUGGGACCAACCAGACAGCAGCUUUCCCACCUUCAACCUGACUUAUUUUAUUCAGAACCUGGGCAUCUUCUGGGUAACAGACAUCCUGUUCAGGGUGGAUAUCUGGGCUGUGACCAGACAGGGGAACCAGCUGCUGGAAAUGACAGACUACAGCAUCGAAGAGGCAGCUGAGUCCCACUGCAUCCUUCCUCAUCGUAAACCAGUUAGCCCUGCCACACCGGAGGACCUUUCUCACCUUUCACAGCUGAACCGCAGUAACAGCGUGAGCGUAGACGUCCGCUGCAGACUGAAACUGUCCUCUAAACAGUUAAAACUGACGCUCACAGGAAGACUUCAGCUCCCUGCUCUUUAUGCUAUAAAAUUCAGGUCUUUGGAGCUGCUGACCACUGCUUCUGUCCAGCUGGAGGCCUCCAGUCCAAUGUUUCUCCAGGAGGACACUCCUGUCAGACACAUAAUCCUGGACCUGAGGAAGGAGGAAGAUGAGUCUAUCCCCAUCUGGAUUAUACUGGGAAGCUCAUUGGGAGGCCUGCUGCUGCUGUCUUUACUGGUCCUGGCCCUCUGGAAGAUUGGCUUCUUCAACAGACGGAGGCAGCGGGAGGAAGACGAGCAGCCCGGCGCCGACGGGAAGGCAGAGCAGCCACUGUGAUGUGUGGGCAACCUCUGUUACAUCUGGGGUUUCCAUAGCAACUGGAGAAAACCUGAAUGCAUCAUGACGAGUCUUCAGCUGCCCCACAAAGACAUCAACCUGAAAGAGCAGAAAAGACAACCGGUUAAGGCCCCGGCUGACCAAUCAGAGGCUCUACAGAUCUAUUAGAGCAAGAAAGUAGAGAACUAUCAUAUUUGAUAUAAUAAACACGUAUGUAUGAACAACCCCCGGAAACCAGCUCCAACUACAGUCAACACAUCCAUCUUAAGAUGAACAUCUGUAAUUCACAUGUACAGGACUGUCUCAGAAAAUUUUAAUAUUGUGAUAAAGUUCUUUAUUUUCUGUAAUGCAAUUAAAAAAACAAAAAUGUCAUACAU